CGUCCGUGACGCUCUUCAUGUGCUCGUUUCUGGUAGUUUACGAUUUUUGUAUCCAUCAGCGUCUCAAUGUAAAUAAGCAGCCGGAGCGAGUGUGUUGAUGUGUGACUGUUGGAGAGAAACUGCAGCGCGCUCUUCAGUGUGUUACAUGAUUGUAGGUGCAUAAAGCAAACCUGCUGCGUAAAUCUACACAGAGAGACGCUGUAUUGUGUCAUAUAGAGAAAACCAGAGGAGCUCUGCCACAGAAAGGUAUCCAGUAUCAGUCAUAGCCACAUCCUAAAGCCGAUCCAUUGAAGAGCACCCUGAUCAAAGGCAGAUUCUGUAGUCUUGUAUGAAUGUGAGAGGAUGCAUAAGACUGUCGAAGGGUCUGAUCAAAGCGUGCACUGACCCGAGACGCCGGUCAACAUCAGGUAUCCGUGAGGACCGAACAGGAAGGAGAUGGAAGCGGUCGCUCGUAGCGGUAUACCUUACACACUGUGGUUUCGGCGUAGAGAAUAAACCCUUGUGCUCGCGUUUGGCCUCUCAGUCCUGUCCCGCUGUGUUCUGCCAUUCAAGCAUGGGGCACAUUGUGGAUUUAGCUUUGCGAAGGAUGUGGCUCUUCGGUGUUCUGUCCCUGUUCACGGUCAGCCUGGGCAUCCACAUGGAUUCGGUGGGCAGUCACAGCAUGUUCACCUGCGAGUCGAUCGGCCUCCGAAUGUGCCAGGAUCUUCCCUACAACACCACCUUCAUGCCCAACCUCCUCAACCACUACGACCAGCAGACCGCCGCUCUGGCCAUGGAGCCCUUCCACCCCAUGGUGAAUUUGCAGUGCUCUCCAGACCUCAGGCCGUUCCUGUGUGCCCUGUAUGCGCCCGUGUGUAUGGAGUACGGACGGGUGUCUCUGCCGUGCCGGAGCCUGUGCACGCAUGCCAAGAGAGACUGCCAGAAGCUCAUGGACAUGUUUGGAGUCACCUGGCCAGAGGAGAUGGAGUGCAGCAGGUUCCCAGACUGUGAUGAGUCUUACCCUCGUGCUGUAGAUCUGCUCGUGAACGAGGACCCCACUGACCAGUCGUCCAUGUCCAUUCAGCGUGACUAUGGCUUCUGGUGCCCCCGCGAGCUCAAAGUGGAGCCCGAGCUCGGCUACACGUUUCUCGGUGUGCGGGACUGCUCCCCUCCCUGUCCCAACAUGUACUUCCGGCGCGAGGAGCUCACCUUCGCCCGCUACUUCAUUGGCGUCGUCUCCAUCGUCUGCCUCUCGGCCACGCUCUUCACCUUCCUCACCUUCCUCAUCGACGUCACACGCUUCCGCUACCCAGAGCGGCCCAUCAUCUUCUAUGCCGUCUGCUACAUGAUGGUUUCGCUGGUGUUUUUCCUGGGCUUUCUGCUGGAGGAUCGUGUAGCGUGUAAUGCAGCCAAUCCCAGCCAGUACAAAACGUCCACAGUGACUCAAGGCUCGCAUAACAAGGCCUGCACGCUGCUUUUUAUGGUGCUGUACUUCUUUACCAUGGCGGGAAGCGUUUGGUGGGUCAUCCUUACCAUCACCUGGUUCUUGGCUGCUGUUCCCAAAUGGGGCAGCGAAGCCAUCGAGAAGAAGGCGUUGCUCUUCCACGCCAGUGCGUGGGGAAUACCUGGCAUGCUAACCAUAACCCUGCUGGCUCUGAAUAAAAUCGAGGGUGAUAACAUCAGCGGCGUGUGUUUCGUGGGCCUGUACGAUGUUCACACUCUUCGCUGGUUCGUGCUGGCGCCGCUCUGUCUGGACGUCCUGGUGGGAGUGUCGCUGCUGCUGGCCGGGAUCGUAGCGCUCAACAGGGUCCGAAUGGAGAUUCCUCUGGAGAAGGAGAAUCAGAACAAGCUGGUGAAGUUCAUGAUCCGGAUCGGCGUGUUCUCGGUGCUGUAUCUGGUGCCGCUGCUGACCGUGGUGGGCUGUUACCUGUAUGAACAGACGUACCGCUCUAUUUGGGAGACCACAUGGGUGCAGGAGUGCUGCAGAGACUACCACAUACCCUGCCCGUUCCAGGUGGAGCAGACCAGCAGGCCUGACCUCGUCCUGUUCCUCAUGAAGUACCUGAUGCUGCUGGUGGUUGGGAUCCCGUCGGUGUUCUGGGUGGGCAGUAAGAAGACCUGCUUCGAGUGGGCCAGCUUCUUCCACGGCCGCAGGCGGAAAGACAGCGGUGCGGUGAACGAGAGCCGGCAGGUUCUGCAGGAGCCAGACUUUGCUCAGUCUCUGCUGCGAGACCCGAACACUCCCAUCAUCCGGAAGUCCCGCGGGACGUCCACUCAGGGCACGUCCACCCACGCCUCCUCCACACACCUGGCCAUGCUGGACGACGUGCGGAGCAAAGCCAGCAGCGUCAACAGCAAGAUGAGCAGCUAUCAUGGCAGCCUGCAUCACUCCAGAGACGGCAGGUUCACCCCCUCCAGCCACAGAGGCAUGGAGGAACGCCCGGCGUACGGGAGCGUGCCGCGACUCAACGAGCAGCUGUCCCAUCACAGCAGCCUUCACCGCCUCGACAGCCAGUCCAGACACGGCAGCGCCCGAGACCUGAGCGACGCACCGGCCGCCAGCAUCACGCACGGAUCCAGUGUGAACCGCCUGGCAGAGGAGGAUGGGACGAGUGCGUAACCCAGAGACUGACCUGGGAGAGUCCCUGUCAUGUAGCCGCUAACGGACAGACAUGUGUUUUUGGCAGCAGCAGGGGAAUCAGAAACUCGAGGCAUGUGUGUUGACAGAGCCGUCCUCGGGAUUUGUCCCAUUAGUGGCGCACCUGAGUAACAAGAUAUGUUUUCUUAGAUACUGUGAAGUUCUGCCGGAUGAAGUUUACUGCUUGUGUGAUAAAGCAGCGUCAGGAUGGGCCGCAGCUGUCUGAUGGGGGAUUUUUCCCAUUACAUCCAUCACACAACCCGGUUUAAAGAGUUAAUGGAUCACCGACGCUUCAAGACUGAUGACUGUCCCAUUAGAGAUCAGGUUUCAAACCCUUGAAAGCCGAAGGAUGGUUCAAAGAGAGGGAGGAUCAGCGGUUUUGUGCCUCUAGCAAGCUGUAUUUAGUUUCUGGUGGUAGUUUGGUUGAGAAGGCAUGGAGGAAUGACGUACCAGAAUCCUCACCAACACCUGAUGUGCUUUUUGUUCGGCCGCUUGACGGCUGCCUACCUCAUCACAUCAGAUCGCUCUGCCCUCCCCACUCAUGUCACAUUACAGAGUUAAGAUUAAGUUGUCUUUCAGAACAUCAUCUUACACGCAGAUGCUUUUCCGCCCAUGUGUACAGGAGUCUUAAGCUUUGUAAAUGGUGCUUUUUUUCUAAUGUUGCUUCAUGAAUAUUUCAGCAGGCCGUUUCUACAAGCUCAUGCACCAUGUUAAUGGAACAUAGAAACGUGUUGAAUUUUCAUGAAUCCUGCUGUUUCACGACGCUUUAAAAGUGAAGUCGAGUGUUUGUUUACGUGUUGGAUGAGAUUACAGUGGUACUCAGUGCCUAAACAUGUGACUUUGGACCUGAGCUUUGUAAAAGCUGUUUUUUCUGAUCGCUGUUACUGCUUCUGCUGUACCUUUGCCUUCGGUUUCCCAGAGUACACUUGAUUUUCAUGCUUGACUCUUCUGUCCACUUUACUAAUGAGGAACAAUAUAGCACUUUAACCGUGGCUAUCUGUUGAAUGUGUAGACAUUAAAUCCAGUCAUAGCGUCAUGCAAGAUUUCAAAUAAAGCUUUUGUAAAAAAAAAAUAAAAUAAAAAAAGAAAUGUUAUAGUUCCCAAUUUUAUUGAAAUAGUCCGAUAAUGAGCUUUCCAUGUGAAAAGUGGUGUCCAAACCAAUACAAAUAACAGUACUCCACUUUAAAUACACUUGUGCAAAAAAAGAAAUAAGAAAAGGUCUACAUUGCAGUAUGGGGUAAUUCAUGUUCACGUCCCAACCAUUCACGCCACACAGGUCAAUAAAGUACAAUAAAAAUACAACAAAACAAUCCAGCCAUA